GACAAAAACAAAACAAAAACGCCAUCUUUAUUUUUCGAACAGAACUGCCACAAAUAAACCUUUAUCAAAGCUUUAACCUAAAUUUUCCUUCUUUUCUUCAAUGGGCUGCAUUUCUACUUAACUACAUCGUUUUUCUUGAUUUCAAUUUGACCCUUUCUAGACAAAUUUGACCCCGUGAUUCAAUUAUAUUAUCUUCUUUCCCCCCCUUAAUCCAAGAAAUGGUCUUCAUUUUCGUUUGAAAGUAUUAGGAGGAUCGCCGCCUCUGUUCUGUCAUCUUCAGAUUUUGCUGUUUUAGUUUCUUGUGAGUAUAAUAAUGGCUUUGGAUUCGAACAAUGGCGGCGAAGUUGGAGUGGAUAACUCCCUUCAGUCCAUCUGUUACAAGCGGGGCUCCUUGCGGCUGCUCGAUCAGAGGAAACUCCCUUUGGAAACUGUCUACUUGGAUAUCAAGGACGCAACAGAUGGAUGGCAUGCAAUUAGGGAUAUGGUUGUGCGCGGGGCACCUGCCAUUGCUAUUUCAGCAGCUCUUGCUUUGGCAGCAGAAGUUAAUAACUCAGCCCCUUUUAAUGGGACACCCAAUGAUGCAGCGUCAUUUAUUGCAGAUAAAUUGGACUACUUAGUCUCGAGCCGGCCAACUGCGGUUAAUCUUGGCGAUGCUGCUAUAAAACUUAAAGAAAUUGUAUCCAGGGCAGCUGCUAUUUCGUCUGAAGCCAGUAGUGUCUUCCAAGCUUUUAUAGAGGCUGCUGAAGCAAUGCUGGAGGAUGACGUUGCUUCAAACAAAGCCAUUGGGCUCUAUGGAGCAAAUUAUAUCCGUGAUCAACAAAAAUCAUUGGAGAAGUUUUCCGUUCUAACGCAUUGCAAUACGGGCAGUCUAGCAACAGCUGGAUAUGGUACUGCCCUUGGUGUUAUUCGUGCACUUCACUCUGCGGGGGUGUUAGAAAGGGCAUACUGUACCGAGACACGGCCCUUUAAUCAAGGAUCUCGACUCACUGCCUAUGAGUUGGUCCAUGAAAAGAUACCUUCUACUCUCAUAGCUGAUUCCGCUGCCGCUGCCUUAAUGAAAUUUGGAAGAGUGAAUGCUGUUGUAGUUGGGGCAGAUCGUGUUGCUGCAAAUGGUGAUACUGCAAAUAAGAUUGGAACCUAUAGUCUUGCAUUGUGUGCAAUGCAUCACAAGAUUCCAUUCUUUGUGGCUGCACCAUUGACUUCCAUAGACUUAUCCCUUUCUUCUGGAGAAGAAAUUGUUAUCGAGGAAAGGUCUCCCAAAGAGUUGUUGAACUCUCGUGGAGGUCUCGGCGAGCAAGUUGCGGCAUCUGGUAUCGCUGUGUGGAACCCUGCUUUUGAUGUUACUCCUGCUCAUCUGAUUUGUGGAAUCAUAACAGAAAAGGGAGUCAUCACGAAGGCAGGUUCCGAUUCUUUCAACAUAAAGGAGUUUGUUCAAAAGACGGCAGGGCCUUCCGCAUAGAGAGGUGGCCGUCAACAAACGACGAGCAAUUCUACUACAGGUACACUAGAAAUAAAAAUGAAUGUAUGAUAUAUCUAUCUUCAAAUUUGAGACAAACUACAGAAGUGAGUUAUCGAUGAAAUAAAUGUUCUUGUUCAUCAGAAUCAAUAGAUACAAUAUUGCAAUGAUCAAAAUCUUUGGCAAUUCAUGGCUCUCUUUCUAAA